AUGGAAGCCUUUUUCGACAAUCUCUCAACUCUGAAACCGACAAAUGAAGAUACCCUUGGCUGGUUCAAAGAAAAAUUGGUGGAUAUAGAAUAUCAGUACCGAACGACAUCAAUGCGGCAACGUACACUACUGACUGAAGCCCAUUUGAGGGCUCUGAAGGAACUAAAAUCGAAUGAAAAGGUGGUUGCUCUACGUCCAGAUAAAGGAUACGGUGUUAUUGUGAUGGAUAAGGUUUGUUACAAGGAAAAAUUGCUCUCUAUUUUGAAUGAUGAAAGAAAAUUCAGAGUGGAUAAGAUAAAGGAUUAUCCGCAAGAACUGGAGAAAAUCAGUAUCGAGCUAAAAAUCUUGAUGCAAGCGGGACUGAUUCGGGAAUCCACGGUGAAACAAUUACGACCGAGAGCGGGUCAAACGCCACGGUUUGCCAAAACUACACAAAGGCAUUCCACUGCGACCCAUUAUGUCAUUGUGCAACUCACCACAACACAAAUUAGCCAAGUGGUUGGCAGAAACUCUAAAACCGGUGCGAGACUUCAUUUCCCACUACGAUGUGAAUGA